AAGCUGCUGUGUGGGUUUUUGCUGGGACUUGCUCAGUUCCGAGAUGGAAACCCGGCUGGAGAGCUGUGUCUUGCUGCUGUUGCUGCUCCCGCUUCUCUCCCGCCUCACCCUGAGCUCCGGGGCUCCGAGUCUCCGGACAGAGACCACCAGCCACCCCGGGCAGGAGCUCCCCCAGAGCGGCCCCACUCCCGGGAACAGCCCCGAGCCAACACCGCACACCGGGCAGACAGCUCCCCAGCGGCACACCGCAGAUGCCGUGAGGAACAAAAAACAAAGAAAGGAGAAGGUGAAGGAGACAGUGAGAGUGGUGAAGAAGAAGAAGAAGGUGAAGAAGCCACUAAAUGUUGAUAAAGAGGGAGAGAAACCGCAGCAAGAUUGCCCACCUCUGGGCCUGGAGUCCCUGAGAGUUGAGGACAGUCAGAUGGCAGCAUCGAGCAGUCUGAGAAUUGGAUUGGGAGCACAUCGAGGCCGUCUCAAUAUACAGGCUGGUCUCAAUGAGGGUGACUGGUAUGAUGGAGCCUGGUGUGCUAGCAGAGAGGACACUGAACAAUGGCUGGAGAUUGAUUCCCGUCGCUUGAUCAGGUUUACUGGGAUUGUUACACAAGGCAGGAAUUCCCUUUGGAGCUGGGACUGGGUUACCUCGUACAAAGUGAGGUUCAGCAACGAUACUUAUAACUGGCUCACUUACAAGAAUGGAACCGAGGAUGUUGUCUUUCCUGGAAACUCCGAUCCAGACACUCCAGUUGGGACAGUUUUCCCAGUCCCGGUGGUUGCUCGAUAUCUCCGCAUUAAUCCUCAGAGCUGGUUUCUGAAUGGGACCAUAUGUCUCCGAGCAGAAAUCCUAGGCUGUCCUCUAUCAGGUCCAGAUAAUUUCUUCUAUUGGAAGCAGGAGGUGACAAGUUCCGAUGACUUGGAUUUCAAACACCACAACUACCAGGAGCUGAGACAGGUCAGAACCGGGGGUGUCCGGCUGGGGAUUCGGGGACCUUUUGCGGGGGGGGGGGGCGUGGGUCCCUUCCUGUCAGCAGCGGCCGCCCCAGCAGCUCCAGCAGCACCAGCAGCAGCAGCAGCAGUGUGA